GCAUCUCAAAAUAGCUUAAAUGCUUCCAGGGUAAUUGAGAAUGAUAACACGGGGUUUGAGCCGAAAAUGAAAGGGAAUCCUGCGUGUCAUUUCAGCUGAAAUCAUUUUGCACAGGCCAAACUUCCUAUUUUCCAGAGAGGGAAAUGGGACCGUUUCAAGCCGCUUGCCCUUUCAGAAGCUUCUGGUUUUUUGUCAGUGCUGUGUGCGAGCUGUUUCUUUUCGUGAACACCACGGUCAGCUGAAGUUGGAAGAAGCUUUGAAACUCGUAUAUUUCCAGAUUCAAAUUUCACGAAAUUGGGUGACAUCAGCAUGGUUCCUUCUGUUCCGGUCAAGUAAUUGCGAUUAUGUCAAGGGAAGGUUUGAGAACGGGCAGGUGGUGCACGAAGGAUGCUAAUGCCCAUCUCUAUGAAUACAGACAGACACGUAGGUCAGUCAGCUGCUAGAUCAAGGCAGCCUUUCGGUGAAAAUGAAGUUGUUUGCCGCAAUUUUCAUACCGCUCUUGGCAUUUGCAGUUUGCGAAGGAAAGCCGCUGAGGGUGGACACUCUAGAAGAUGACGUAUUUAUCCAGUGCGAACGUAACCAGUUUGCUUGUGCAGAUAACGUCACGUGUAUAGCCGCGAUGUGGGCGUGUGACCAGGACCCGGACUGCCCAGAUGCGUCAGAUGAAAAGAACUGUGGAAUUGUAGACGGCUCGUGCAGUUACUAUGAAUUCACGUGUGCCAACAAGCAAGAGUGCACUGCCAAGUGGCACGUGUGUGACGGCGACAAAGACUGCACCGAUGGAUCAGACGAAGAGGACUGUGGCGUUACCACAUGUGCGCCGUACGAGUUCCAGUGUGCCAAUAAAAAGAAAUGCCUUAGCAAGACUUGGAUGUGUGACGGCGAUGACGACUGUGGAGACGGGUCUGACGAAAAGAACUGCACAGUGGUUGGGACCACGUGUAGCUCGUGGGAAAUCCGCUGUCCUAACUCUGACCGUUGUAUUUCCCGUACUUACAUAUGUGACGGGGACGACGACUGCGGAGACAACUCGGACGAAAAGAACUGCACAGUUACUCUCGGAAAUGGCUGUCUCGUCCACCAGUUUGCUUGUGCUAACAAAAAAUGUGUCCCCAGCAUCUAUCUAUGUGACGGAGACAACGAUUGCCGGGACGGUUCGGAUGAAACCACGGAUGUUUGUAUCAAUGUUCAUGGUAACCGCACAUGCGACAAGGGCGAGUUUCGCUGUCAGAACAAGCGCUGCAUAGAUGUAGGUUUCCGCUGUGACGGAGACAACGAUUGCGGGGACAGCUCUGACGAGGCGGAUUGCCCACCCACACCAACACCUACCUGCAGGGCAGGCCAAUUCCAGUGCGGAGAUGGUAAAUGUAUUCCUGGCGCUUAUAAAUGUGACAACGACAAGGACUGUGCUGAUAAUUCUGACGAGCUAGGAUGUCCAACCACGCCAGCUCCGACGUGCCCAUCCAGCCAGUUCACUUGCAGCAAUGGGAAAUGUAUUCUAAAUGAAUGGGUUUGUGACAAUGAUGAUGACUGUGGAGAUAAGUCAGACGAACAAAACUGCACAGUUCUCCUCAAUGGAUAUUGUCGCUCUUCUGAGUUCACCUGUGCCAAUAAGGAAUGCGUCCCCAUUGGUUACGUGUGCGACAGAGACAAGGAUUGCUCUGAUGGGUCAGAUGAAGUGAAUUGUACUGCCGUGGAGGGAACCUGUUCACCGCUUGAGUUUAAGUGCGCUGAUAACAAGACCUGCGUGUCCAAACUGUUUCUGUGCGACAGAGACAACGACUGUGGAGAUUGGUCAGAUGAAACUCUUGACCAAUGUAAACGCCCUAGCGCCGGCGAGUGCCCGUAUUACGAAUUCAAGUGCAACAACUCCGGAAAAUGCAUCUCUCGGUCGUUGCGUUGUGACGGAGAUGACGACUGCGGUGACAACUCAGAUGAGAAGAAUUGUGACAGCAGUAACGAAAAUUAUGAUCUUUUAGAUUUAUCUUAUAGUAUCCUGCAGAAUGGCUGCCUUUCCCACCAGUUUGCCUGCUCUAGUAUACGGAAGUGUAUUCCCAGGACCUGGGCUUGUGACGGUGACGACGACUGCGGAGACGGCUCAGAUGAAACAGCCCAAACGUGCAAAGGUAUCCAUGGCAACCGUACUUGUGCCCCGAACCAAUUCCAGUGUCAGACGGACAGACGCUGCUUCCCCAUGUCAUACCGCUGUGAUGGGGACAAUGACUGCACUGACAAAUCUGAUGAAUUUAAUUGCACAAAGCCGACCUGUGCGGCCAGCAGUUUUCAGUGCGGCGACGGCAAGUGUAUCCCGAAUACUUGGAGGUGUGACGGGGAUGACGACUGCAGAGACGGCGCUGAUGAAAGGCAGUGCGCUGCUCCAUCCUGUCGCUCCAAAGAGUUUUUAUGCCGAGAUGAGGCCCAGUGUAUUCCCAUAGGCUGGCGCUGUGAUGGAGACAGCGAUUGCAAGGAUAAUUCGGACGAAGAUAACUGUGGUUUAAUCGGCUAGAUGCUGGUGUGGUCAGAAAAGAAAGAUGAUACACGGCCAAAGUUACGCCUUUGCAAGGAUCCUUGUUACUUUUGAAAAUGAAUAAUUGCUCUGAAAUUUAAAAUAAAUAAGCUGUUUUGUAAAUAUAGUUGUUUAAAGUCUUGUAUUUAUUAUAAAAAAUGUGCAAAACAUUAUCAUUGUAGUAUUUCGUACAUAGCAUUAAAUUAUGUAAAAAUCUAAAAAAAAAAUGUAUUACAUGUGUAACAAUAAAACCAACAAGGAGGUGAGAUAAGUAAACUUUUUCUUAUGGGACUCGGAAUUGCCCAAAAGUAAUUAAAAAAUAGCUUUUGAAAUCCUAAAUUGAUAAGAUUUUUUCGAUAAAUGCAGAUAUGUAUUUUGAACAAUAUAAAAUAAGUUGCUUGAGUAAAAUUAAUUGUACCUGUGCGUGCAAAAUCCCAUUCAUAAUCAUUAUCUGUUAUCCAGCUUAUAAACUGGUAGGGUAUGCAAAAGACAAUUUUUAUCCAGCUGAUAAAUCCGCUGGAUAAAAAA